GUCCGUGGGGUUUAUAAUUGCAGCCACAAACUCAAAGCAUAGCAAACAAACUCCAAAACUCUCUCUCCCUCCUCCCUAUCUUUCCUUAAAUGGUUGGGCCAUAGACCGAGCCGAAGAGGAACCAUGGCCGUUUCUCUCAAUUCAAUCCUCGUCUUCAAUUCUACGGGCAGGUAUCAGCAUGGGCCAAGCUCUGGUCUUGGAAUUCCCUUACUAAAGGCCAGUCAUUUUACAUCUCGCUCAGGGUUAGUUGGGUUAAGGAGAUUUAGAAGGGACAGUAAAGGGGGAUUAUGCCUUUCUGUUGCAGAUAAGGAUCAUGUUGCAACAAGCACCAGCAAUAAGGAUUCUGGAAAUGCUGAAAGAUUAGAAUCUGAUGAUUAUCCCUCAGAAGUAGCUCUUCCAUCUGUGGACUCGCUGGCAGAAAAGAACCAGACUCAAACUAGUGCCCAAACAGAAUCAGGAACUCAGACAGUCGAGCAUUUUAACGGUUCUGUUGUUUCCCCACUCGCAAAGCCAGAGACAGCUUCUGUGAACACAGAAUCUGGCCUGAGGAGAUCACCACUAACAGCAAGAGAGAAACUAAGGGCAGCUCGUGUUCUCAGCCGUUACUCAGAAUCAAAGCCAACUAAAUCAGAGCUAGGCAGCAAAGUUCUAGAGGCUCUAAGAGAAAGUGAUAGAGGGAAAAAGAAAUCUGGCCUUCCCGAAGCACCUACAAACAUGUUCGAUGACAGAAAAAGAGGGAUGCCGAAGCAGGGCCUGACGUUCGAGUUUCCAGGAGGUUUUGAUGUGUUUCUCAUCAUAUUUUCGUUUACUUUUAUCAGCACAGUGAUGUUUGCAACAACUUACAUUGUGUGGAAAGUUGGUGCUAUCCAUUUUAACGAGUACUAAGGUAAGGUGGAUGGGAUGGGGCUUAUUGGAUACAUGAUCACAUUUAGUGUUUUAGGUGCUUAGGGAUGCUGCUUUUCAUCCCCUCAUUUUGAUAUUCGUUCUGCCUCUCUAAAAUACAAUAAUUGAUUGUACAAAAAAUUGCUUGCUUGCUCCACAAUUUUACAUCUAUUUUGGCGA